AUGAGAGGCAAGCGUUCGAAACAAUACCGCAAGCUCAUGGAGCAAUACUGCAUGACUUUUGGUUUCCGCGAAGCCUACCAAGUCUUGGUGGACGCUGAAAUGGUACAAGAUGCCUGCCGAUUCAAGAUGGACCUGACAGCAGGAUUGGAACGCACAGUGCACGGGAAAGUCAAGCCCAUGAUUACGCAGUGCGAGAUUCGAAAGCUGUACGAGAAGAAGAACGAGCCCGGGAUCCGGGACGCUAUCGAGCUCGCCAAAAACUACGAGCGGCGGCGUUGCGGGCACCACCCGGACGAGUACCCGAAGCCGCUGUCGACGCUCGAGUGCCUGUCGUCGGUGGUGGACCCCAAGCAAACGGGGCAGAACAAGCAUCGGUACGUGGUGGCGAGCCAGAGCCAGGAGGUGCGUCGGGCGCUGCGCGGCGUGCGUGCAGUGCCGCUCAUCUACAUUAAGCGCAGCGUCAUGAUCCUGGAGCCCAUGGCGGACGACAGCGCCGAGGUGCGGCUACGUGAGGAAAAGGCCAAGUUCCGGGCGGAGCUCAAGAAGAAGACGCCGCGCAAUAAGCGGAAGCGAGAGGAGGAAGAGGAUGGGGAUGAGGGUGAGGGUGGUGACGGGGAAGAGGGCGGCGCAAAGAUGAAGAGUGAAGAGGAGAGGAAGAAGAAGAAAAAAUACGGCGGCAUCAAGGAGCCGAAUCCGCUGUCGGUCAAGAAGACGAAAAAGAACCCGCAGCAGGUUGAGGAGGAGAGGAGGAGGAAGCAAAAGGAAGAGGCGAAAGAGGCGGCAGAGAAGCCAAAGAAGAAGCGCAGGCGGAGGGCCAAGGGCACCGGCGACGGCGCGACAGGAGAAAGCGGUGGCGGCGAUGCGGGCCCUGAAGGUGAUGAUGAGUAG